AUGGAUACUCAUCCUCAUCCUUUGUCUGCCUUGAGCCUCGACGAGACGAAUCAGGCUCGCGAUGUAGUGCGAAGUCUUCAUAAUGGCUGCGUACUUGAUUUUCGACAGAUCUUCCUGCUGGAGCCCCCAAAGUCCGAAGUGGUGGACUUCCUGGAGCUCGAACAUGCAGGAAAGGUCACUUCCAGCACACCGUGGCCGGCACGAAUGGCUCACGUGCGCUACGAUGUCCUCGAGCCUGGCAAAGCCCCGGCAUAUCAUGAGUCUGACAUCGAUCUGAGAACUUCCAAGCGCAUCAAGCACGAGAUUGUUGCCACGAAACAUCAGCCUGGGCUGACUAUUUUCGAGUUCGAAAAGCUUGUUCAGGCUGUGAACAAAUCGCCCCUCUUCCAAGAAAAGAUGAAAAAGAUCAAAUUGCCUGAGGGAUUCGAACUGGUGGUCGAGCCAUGGCCCUAUGGCGGCCCUGAUGAUGCAGAUGGCCACACCAGGCUGUUCCAAGGACUAUGCUUCGGUCGGGACAAGCGCAGCGGCAAUGCAGACUCCAAUUUCUACCCGUACCCUAUCCCCCUCAUUCCGAUCAUGGACGCCAGGACUGGGGAGAUCAUCCGUGUUGAUGAGCCUGCUACGGGCGGGGUGAAUGAUCCGUACACCAGUCAGGGCACCGCAGAGCAGCCCAUCGACCACUGCCUACCUGGCGAGUAUGUACCAGAGCUGCUUGCCAACGGUUUGCGCAAGGACUUGAAACCCCUCGAGGUCCAUCAACCUGAGGGCGCCAGCUUUACGAUCUCGCAGGGGAACGUCGUCGAGUGGCAGAAGUGGCGAAUGCGGCUCACAUUCAACCCUCGCGAAGGUGCAGUUCUGCACGACAUCCGCUACGACGGCAGAAGCGUGUGUUAUCGUCUAAGUAUGAGCGAGAUGACGGUGCCGUAUGCGGAUCCCAGGUAUCCUUUCCAGCGCAAGCAGGCUUUCGACUUCGGGGAUGGCUCGCUUGGCAAUACCGUGAACAACCUAGAGCUUGGUUGUGACUGCCUCGGCGUCAUCAAAUACUUUGACGGCGUAUUGACGGACGCUGAUGGCUCUGCGGUGGUGACCAAGAAUGUCAUCUGCCUACACGAGCAGGAUAACGGUAUUAAUUGGAAACAUACGAAUUGGCGCACGAACCGCGCUGUAGUAGCACGCCGGCGCGAGCUUGUAUUUCAGUUUAUCAUCACCCUCGCCAACUAUGAGUACAUCUUCGCCUUUAAGUUUGAUCAAGCAGCCGGUAUUACCAUGGAAGCUCGGGCUACUGGAAUCGUCUCCGUGGUUAAUAUUGACGCCGGCAAGAAGGUACCCUGGGGCACUAUUGUCAGCCCCGGCGCUUUGGCUCAGAACCACCAGCAUAUCUUCUGCCUCCGCAUCGACCCUGCGGUGGACGGCCACAAGAAUACCCUCGUUCAGGAGGAGAGCUUACCGCUUCGUCGCGACAAGGACACAAAUCCUUACGGCAACGCGUAUGAAGUCCGGAAGACAAUCAUCUCCACCUCUACCGGAUUGGAUCUGAAUCCCUUCACCAACCGCGUGUUCAAAGUGCAGAACCACUCCAAGCGCAAUCCCAUCAGCGGUAACUACAUCGGAUACAAAGUUGUGACUCCCGCAACACAGAUGCUGUUGGCAGACGAACACAGCAUCCAGUAUAACCGUGCACGAUUUGCCAAGCACGGGCUCUGGGUCACGAAACACAAGGAUGAUGAGCACUAUGCCGCCGGCAGAUAUACAUUCCAGAGCCGGCAUGAAGUCGGCGGCUUGUUUGACGCUGCAGCAAGGAAGGACAACACCAAAGACGAGGACAUUGUUCUCUGGAGCGUGUUCGGCCUGACACAUAACCCACGCGUUGAAGAUUGGCCUGUGAUGCCCGUGGAGAUGAUGUCAGUCCACAUGAUACCGCAGGACUUCUUUACCGAGAACCCAUCCAUUGAUGUGCCCUCUAAGAAGGAUAAUGCGUCGCGGUAUGAGAGUGACUGCUGCAAACAGCAGGAGAUUUUACGCGGAGUUGAGUCAAUGGGAGUGAAAUAA